GGCAGAAGCUUCCCGGAGCUCGUCACGCCGGCGCGAUGGCGACUGCUGGGGAGACGGAGGCCUCUCCGCCGACGGAUGCGAGCUGGGAAAGUGGCGGCGGCGGAGACGACGAGAUGAAGCAGGCGCUUCCGGAGCUUGAGUCCUCCCCACAAAAUGGCGGCGGCGGCGGCGGCGGCGGCGGCCUCAGCAUCGCGGAGCCCGGCGGCGGCGCCGGGCCUGAGGAGACCGCUGCGGCCUCGGCCGCCCCGAGCGUCAGCCACGAGCAGCCUCAGGACUCGUCUGAGGCGGGCGCAGCCGCUCUCCUCAAAGGCCCGGAAGAGCCCGAAAGACCCGUUAGGAGGAGUUUUCAGAUCCCCAGGAAGAGCAGAGAAAAGAAAGCACUUUUUCAGCCAUUAACUCCAGGCUCUCGAGAAUUUGAAGAUGUUCUAAAUAUUCUCCAUUCAUCUUACCUUGAACCAACCUCAGUAACAAAUUUUAACUACAAACGUGCUUGCUUGAUACAUAAUGAACUUUUGGAAAAGGAGUUCACAGAAAAGCGAAGAGAACUGAAGUUUGAUGGUCGUUUAGAUAAAGAACUUUCAGAAUCCUAUGCAUUUCUUAUGGUUGAUCGAUACCAGGUCCAAAGCAUAUGUGAAAAAGGAUUACAGGUGGGCCAGUCCAAAAUAACAAUUCUUGGCAGUCCUUCCAUGGGUAUCUAUCUUUCUAGGUAUGCUGAUUUAUUACAAGCUAAUCCUUUGGAACCUGGGGCAGUGGGCGAUGUUGUUAUUUUUAAAAUAAUGAAGGGUAAAAUAAAGAGUAUAUACGACCCCAUGGGUGUUAAAAGUUUGGAAUCUAUAUUAAAUAAAAGUGCUUUGGACCCAACACCAAAGCAUGAAUGUCACGUAUCAAAGAAUGCCAAUAGAGUUACAUCACUUUUGGCUUACAGAGCCUAUGAGCUUACUCAGUAUUAUUUUUAUGAGUAUAGCUUUGAUGAACUCAGGCGAAGACCGAGACAUGUAUGUCCAUAUGCGGUUGUAUCUUUUACUUACAAAGAUGAUAUACAGACUCCAAAGUUUGUGCCUUCAUCUAGUUAUAAAUUUCUCAUGAUCAAGGCUCUUGUGUUGCUUGUCUUUGAAGUUAUUUCUGGCAAGGUUCUUGUUAAACCUUUGGGAGACCGUGGAUACCUUUUUCUUCUCUCUCCUUGUCAAAUGGUUUCUCCAUAUGAACAUCAGACUGCCAAGUCUCGAGUGCUACAUGCUUUAUUUCUAUUUCAAGAACCUAGAGGCAUAGUUACUUCACAAAAAGGUUCAACUAAUGCAACACCACAGAAGAGACAUGAGAGCAUGACAGAUGUAUUAAAAAUAACUCAGUUUUUACAGUUUGCUUUGAUUCAGUGUCGAAAGGAAUUCAAAAAUAUAAAUACUAUAAAUUUUCAUUCUGUUGUUGAAAAGUAUGUAAAUGAAUUUUUUAAGCGAGGUUUUGGUUCAGGUAAACGAGAGUUUAUCAUGUUUCCAUACGAUUCACGAUUAGAUGAUAAAAAAUUCUUAUACUCAGCUCCAAAAAAUAAAUCCCAUAUUGAUAAUUGUUUGCAUGCCUAUAUUUUUCGGCCUGAAAUGUAUCAGUUACCAAUUUGUAAAUUAAAAGAGCUUUUUGAAGAAAAUAGGAAACUUCAACAGUUCAGUCCACUCUCAGAUUAUGAAGGCCAAGAAGAAGAAAUGAAUGGUACAAAAAUGAAAUUUGGAAAACGAAAUAACUCAAGGGGUGAAACUAUUAUACCUAGAAAGCAGAAGUCCUCUCACUCUUUGGAUUAUGAUAAGGAUAGAGUCAAAGAAUUGAUUAAUUUAAUUCAGUGUAGGAAAAAAAAUGUGGGUGGGGACUCAGACACGGAAGAUAUGAGAAGCAAAACUGUCUUGAAGAGGAAGCUUGAGGAUCUACCUGAAAAUAUGAGAAAGCUCGCCAAAACCAGUAAUUUAUCUGAAAAUUGCCAUCUGUAUGAAGAGUCUCCGCAGCCUAUUGGCUCUCUUGGGCACGAUGUUGAUUUGAGACAGCAGCAGCAGGAUACCUCUAACUCCGGUGUUGCUGAUAUCCAUCGGCUGUUUAAUUGGCUAUCAGAAACACUGGCAAAUGCACGUCAUUCUGAUGCAUCCUUGACAGACACAGUCAACAAAGCCUUAGGAUUGAACACUGAUGAUGCCUAUGAAGAGCUGAGGCAAAAGCAUGAGUAUGAGUUGAACUCUCCCCCAGAUAAGAAAGAAUAUGAGCAGCCUACUUGUGCAAAAAUGGAAAAUGUGCAUUUUAAGGGCACUCAGAGCCCAUUGCUAGAAGUUGAUACAUCAUUGUUAAAGUAUCCUAUUGCUGUUUCUACCAGUGAAGCAGGCACUGACCAUAAACUACAUUUGAAAGAAGAUCCAAAUUUAAUUAGCAUGAAUAAUUUUGAAGAUUGCAGUUUGUGUCCCACUGUUCCCAUUGAACAUGGAUUCCGCAGACAAUCUAAGUCAAAUAAUGUCGAAGAGACCGAAAUACAUUGGAAACUAAUUCCAAUUACAGGAGGGAAUGCAAGAAGCCCAGAAGACCAGCUGGGGAAACAUGGUGAGAAACAAACACCAGGUAUGAAAUCACCAGAAGAACAACUGGUGUGUCUGCCACCACAGGAGGCCUUUCCUAACGACCCCCGGGUAAUAAGUAGACAGCGAGGUUCUGAUUACCAGUUUCAAUCCUCUCCAUUUACAGACACACUGAAGGGCACCACUGAGGAUGACGUGGUGACAGGUCAGGUGGUGACAGUGGAGGAGCAGUGUGUGCCAGCAGCAGAGCCGCCCACAAUGAGUGAGACCACAGAGAGGACAGUGUUAGGAGAGUACAAUCUCUUUUCUAGGAAGAUAGAAGAGAUUCUGAAGCAAAAGAAUGUUUCAUAUGUCAGUAGAAUUUCCACACCUGUUUUUUCAACACAAGAGAAGAUGAAACGGCUUUCUGAGUUCAUAUAUUCUAAGACUUCCAAAGCUGGUGUACAGGAGUUUGUAGAUGGCUUGCAUGAGAAACUAAAUACUAUUAUUAUCAAAGCAUCGGCCAAGGGUGGGAAUUUGCCACGAGUCAGUCCUAAUGAUUCUGGUAGUAAGAUAGCAUUGAAUCCUCUGGGAAAGGCUGUCCUACCAGUUUCCUCAAGUGACUUCAACAGUAAACAGCUCCUUGAGCCACUUUGUAGUGAUACUUUGAAAGACAGCAACUCCAGUGAGCAGCAUUCCUCUUCAACUUUGGGUUUAACCGAAGUAGAAGUGAACCAGCCACACCAUGCUACAGAGCUGAUGGUGACUUCUGAUCAUACUGUACCUGGUGAUACUGCCCGGGAACCGGUAGAAAAAGAAACAACAAAAUCGCCCAGUGAUGUAAACAUUUCUGCCCAACCAGCUCUUUCAAAUUUUAUAAGCCAGUUAGAACCUGAAGUAUUUAACAGUUUGGUUAAAAUCAUGAAAGAUGUCCAGAAAAAUACUGUGAAAUUUUAUAUUCAUGAAGAAGAAGAGAGUGUGCUCUGUAAAGAAAUAAAGGAAUAUCUUAUCAAAUUAGGCAAUACAGAAUGUCAUCCAGAACAGUUUUUGGAAAGAAGAUCAAAAUUAGAUAAACUAUUGAUUAUUAUUCAGAAUGAAGACAUUGCAGGUUUCAUUCACAAGGUACCUGGCUUGGUGACUUUAAAGAAGCUGUCUUGCGUUAGUUUUGCUGGUGUUGAUAGUCUGGAUGAUGUUAAAAAUCAUACAUAUAAUGAAUUAUUUGUAUCUGGCGGUUUUAUUGUGUCUGAUGAAUCCAUUCUAAAUCCAGAAGUUAUCACAAUUGAGAACCUUAAAAAUUUUUUGACAUUCCUCGAAGAACUCAGUACUCCGGAAGGAAAAUGGCAAUGGAAAGUCCACUGUAAAUUUCAGAAAAAACUAAAGGAAUUGGGCAGAUUGAAUGCUAAAGCUCUAAGUCUGUUGACACUUCUGAAUGUCUAUCAGAAGAAACAUCUGGUUGAAAUUUUGUCAUACCACAAUUGUGAUUCACAAACUCGAAAUGCUCCAGAAUUGGAUUGCCUUAUCAGACUUCAGGCUCAGAACAUACAGCAGCGACACAUAGUCUUUCUAACAGAAAAGAACAUCAAGAUGCUUUCCAGUUAUACAGAUAAUGGAAUAGUGGUUGCAACUACUGAAGACUUUAUGCAAAACUUUAAAAAUCUUGUGGGCUAUCACAACUCAAUCACAGAAGAAAACCUUCCACUGCUUGGUGCUAAUGAGAAUCUUGAGUCGCAGUCAGCUCUUUUAGAAAACGAUGAAAAGGAUGAAGAGGAUAUGUCUCUGGAUUCAGGGGAUGAAAUCUCACAAAUAGAAGUAUGCAGCAAUUUUCAUUCAGAAAUAUUGGCGAAAGAGACCAAAGGAUCACGUGGAACAGAUCAAAAUAAGAAUAUUCAAAUUGAGUUGCAAUCGUCUCUUGACGUGCAAAAAAGUUUAUUAGAAGAUAAGACUUAUCAAAUUGAUUCUGAAGAGAGCGCUUCUGUUGCUAUAGUAUGCUCUGAAGGAGAGAACAGCAGUGCAACUGAACAAGAUUCAUAUAGCAACUUUCAGGUUUAUCACAGUCAAUUAAAUAUGUCCCAUCAGUUUAGUCAUUUUAAUGUUCUCACUCAUCAGACAUUUCUGGGGACACCAUAUGCCCUUUCAUCAAGUCAGUCUCAAGAAAGUGAAAAUUACUUUUUAUCUGCUUACACUCAAAGCUUGGAUAGAGCUAAAUCUCCAUCUCCAUUAAGUUGGGGGAAAAGUGAUUCUUCCAGGCCCUUUUCAAAAGAGAAAUAAUUAUAGUAACUUUUUUUUUUUUUGAAAUAGGUUGUUACGAACUUUUUCUGUUAUAAGUGAAUUAACAAUUUAUAUUUCAUUCUCUAAACAAAACGUUUCUUGUCCUUCCUCAAUGUUUUUUUUCCUCUUAUUUAAAUCAUGAUGGCCUGUAACAGUUGAAGCAUCUGAAAAUUGAAAUAAAUAUAUAUAUUUUUAACAUAUAUUGUACUUGAAUUAUCUCAUGUUGGCACUUUUUAAGUUUUACAUAUAUAUGUUACCUGUACUUGGGCUUCAAAUUGAAGCCUGUUUUAUAUAUAAAAUUAGACAAUUUGCAAAAGGAUAGUGAACAAUGCCUUUUCUUUUUCUCCCCCCCGGUUAGAUGAUACCAACUACUUUUGCUGAAGUGACAUACCAAUCGACUAUUGUUAAGCUUUUGUAUAGUGUUUAUACAGGUAUAAGCCAGUGAUGUCAAUAGAUAUAAAGGAUUUUGGCUCAAUACUUCAAGAUUUAUCUAACAAUGAAUGCAGUUUCAGUUUAGAUGAUAAACUAUGUAACAUAAGACUUAAGACUUAAUGCCAGGCAGCAUUAUUUUUAUCUUUAGGCUUAGCCAUGUAAAAAUUGCCUAUUGGUAAAAUUUUGGGUCAACCUUUUAUUUGAGGUAUUUGAUGAUUACAAUUUUCAAUGCUUAGUAUGGUCCUUGACUUAACCAAAUGCAAUUUCAUAUUUCCAAAAGAUGGGCUUCUGUUAUAUUAAAGGCACUGAACAAAUCUGGAA